AUGGUUAAAGUAUCCAAGCGGGAUUUUCCUCCAGGACCUAGAACGUUGCCAGUUAUUGGAAAUCUGCACAUCCUCAAUCUGAAGAGUCCAUAUCAAACUAUGCUGGAGCUCUCCCAGAAAUAUGGCUCCAUUUACAGCAUUCAGAUGGGUCCAAGGAAGGCAGUGGUGCUCUCUGGCUAUGAGACAGUGAAAGAUGCCCUGGUUAAUCAUGGUGAUCAGUUUGGGGAACGGUCUCAAGUGCCUAUAUUUGAAAGACUCUUUGAAGGAAGAGGAAUUACUUUCUCUCAUGGUGAAAACUGGAAAAAUAUGAGGAGAUUCAGCUUGACCACUUUAAGGAACUUUGGAAUGGGUAAGAGGGUCAUAGAGGAAAAAAUUAUAGAGGAAUGUCAGCAUCUCAUACAGAACUUCAAGUCACAGAAAGGAAAGCCUUUUGAGAUCAAAACAGUACUGAAUGCUUCUGUCGCUAAUGUCAUCGUGUCUGUGCUGCUUGGGAAACGUUUUGACUACCAAGACACCCAAUUCUUGAGACUCUUGACCUUGAUUGGUGAAAAUGUGAAACUCAUCGGCGGUCCUGGAAUUACGCUUUUCAAUAUGUUUCCAGUUUUGGGGUUCUUUCUACAAAGUUAUAAGACAGUACUCUGGAACAGAGAUGAAUUGUUUUCUUUUAUAAGGAUGACUUUCCUAGAUCACCAACAUAAACUUGACAAAAAUGAUCCAAGAAGUCUCAUUGAUGUCUUUUUGCUCAAACAACAGGAGGAGAAAGAUAAAUCCACCGAGCAUUUCAGUGAUGAGAAUCUGGUGGCACUCGUCAGUAAUUUGUUUGUAGCAGGUACGGAGACCACAUCCACCACACUGCGCUGGGGAAUUCUACUUAUGAUGCGGUACCCCGAAAUUCAGAAAAAAGUCCGUGAUGAGAUCGCCAAAGUUGUUGGAUCCGCCCAGCCUCAGAUUGCACAUCGAACUCAAAUGCCGUACACGGAUGCUGUCAUUCAUGAAGUACAGAGAUUUGCUAACAUCCUGCCCACGAGUUUACCCCAUGCAACCACCACCAAUAUCACCUUUAGAAAUUACUUUAUUCCAAAGGGCACUGAGGUCAUCACCUUACUGACUUCAGUACUUCGGGAUCAGACACAGUGGGAGAAACCCGAGGCCUUCCACCCUGAGCAUUUCCUCAAUUCGAAUGGGAAAUUUGUCAAGAAAGACGCUUUCAUCCCCUUCUCAAUUGGUCGGCGGAUGUGUGCUGGUGAGUCACUAGCCAGGAUGGAACUGUUCCUCUUCUUUACCAGUCUCCUGCAGAAGUUCACCUUUCAGCCACCCCCAGGAGUCUCCCAUCUGGACCUGGACCUAACCCCUGACAUUGGUUUCACCACUCGCCCGAUGCCUCACCAGCUAUGUGCUCUGCCCCACGCUUAA